AUGGAAUAUUCCAGCAACGACGUGAAGCAGCUGUUCAGGUCCGUCUACACCCUGGUGAAGGGACAAGAUGAACUCAAGGCGGGACUGACGGCGAGCGAAACUCUGGCACCAAAAUUUCUGCUCAGCCACCGACUGCUGGUUUCGCAGUGCAUACAGCUGAUGUUCGAGGACUUCGAAAGUGUGGGAAGAAAGUCGCGCGAAAUACUGUGGCGUAAGGGCUACUACGACGUGAUUUCCGCUCUGAAGCGCCAGAAAGGGCGCACCGAUGGCCGGGUGCUGCUGGAAGCAGCCGAUCAGUUGAUUCGCGAAGGAAUCAACUACUUCAAGGCGGUAGUGCUGCGUUUUGGGGAUCUCUUUCACCUCGAGACUUUGAAACAUUUGGUCGAUUAUGCGCUUCUGGAGGAUUACGACGACGAGGCACUGCGUCAGGAGUCAACGUGCUACUCGUUGCUGCAGCUGCGUCCCGCCAGCCAGGGAUCGAACCCCAAGGAACUCUACACGAAGCAGGAAGUCUCGUACGCAUUGGAGACGAUCCACAGCCUGCUCAUUGCUCUUGGCGAUUUGCACCGCUACCGGAUGGAGUUUGGCAUUGGCAACCGCAUCGAAAUACGGGACCGCACGCGCAGUUACUACAUGGAGGCGUUCAAGCUGAACCCCAAGAUUGGCAUGGCCCAGAACCAGCUGGGGAUGCUGGUCGCCGGGCAGAAUCAUAACCUUGACGCGGUGUACCACUACCUGUACUCGUUGUGCUGUGCGAACCCGUUCGAGUGCAGCGAAACCAAUGUCAGUAACAUCUUCCAGAAGAAUAUUCUGCUGCUGGAAAACGGAGGUUUGGAGUCGUCGGAUUUUGCAGAUGAGGACGAUCACGCGGUGAAGCAGUUCAUUUCGGCGUUCCUGUUGGUUGUGGAUGUGUUCUUCUACAACAAGGAUGUGACGGACUUUAUGUCUCUUUGCCACUCGGUGUUGAUUGACUUCAAAAAAGUGCUCGGCAUCCGCCAACUACUGGAAGAGUACGUCAUGACGGAGGACAUGAUCUUCAAGGUGGUCUCGAUUCUGUUCUUCUGCAUGUACCGUAUCAAGCUGACCAAUUCGGACAAGAUCCACAGUCUGAACGCGUUCUUGGUCGCACUUUGCUCGGAGCUGCUCGAGUACUGCACGAUGGGCGUGGAGAAGUGCAUCGUAGAGAAUGUCCGCGACGACAAUCGCUUCCGCGAGAUGUACUUGGAACGGUACCGUCUGUACGAUGAACAGGUCCAUCGCGCAAGGACCAUGGCCAAACACGGAGUGUAUUCGAAGGAUCAAAAAUCUUCAUCCGGCGUCGAGGAGGGCACGGGCAGUCAGGAUAGUCGUGGUACGUCGAAUGCAGACAACCCGAAUUGCAAAGACAAACCGAAGGACAAAACUGCUAAGAAGACGGCCGGUGGUCAGAGAAAACAGUCGCGUCGUCGUAGAAGAGCGUACUCGAACGGAAGCGAUUCGGAUGGAAACGGCGACGAAGAGGACAUGGACGAGUAUUCUAACGGAAACUACGAUUCAGACUUCGACUUUUCCGAGUCAGAUUCCAGCGUCGACGGUGGGGAAGAGGAAGAGGAGGAGGAGGAAGAUGAUAUGAUUUCGCUGUCCAGUUUCGGUUCGUACGAUGACUACACCGGUGGCGAGGAGGAUGAACGGGAAGAUGGCACGGGACGGGCAGCGAAGAAAAAGCACUCAAAUCUGGCGCGCGAAGUCGCCCAGCAGCCGCGCGGACCGACCGCGGAUGAGGAGUUCAAGUACAAGAAGCGCUACAACAAGACGAACCCCAACAUUGUGCUUGAGUUCGCGCAUUCCGAUCGAACGAUUCGCUCGCUGAAGAUGCUGUUCGAUUGGUUGCUGUGCAACAUGGAUGUGCUGCACAAUUGUUACCAAUCGAAUCCGGAGUUCGUGCACAACAUCAUGAAGUUGCUGAAUCACUUCAACAUAGACAUCUUCACCAAUCGGUUCUUCUUCUGCCGGGAGUUCAUCACGAUGGACGGUUUGCGGGAGGAUCUGCACUCGAUUUUCCUAGCCCGCCGCACGAUUCCGUUGCGCGAGGAUGUCGCCAUGAAGCGCUUCCCUCUGUUCGAACCGACCCAGGACGGACUGCAGUGGGAGCUGCCGUACAAGCUGGGCAUCAGUGCGGAGGACGAAUGUUUGCUGCGCAUGAUGAAGUUGGUCGAUUUUGGGUUUACCGUUUGUAAGUCGAAGAAGUUCGACUAUUGCUUCGUGCCAAAAACGCGUGAGUUCAGCUUGCGUGCGUUUCGCAGCCAAUCGGCUGGUGCCAUCUCGAAGAGUCAGCAGAGAAGAAGAAAGAAAAAGCUGCUCGCCGUCGGACACAAGAGUGAGUGGAAUGGCGGCGCAAAACAGCAGCAACAACAGGGCGGCAAACAGCGUGCCGCACAGCACCAGCGACAGAUGGGCGAAAAACGUCGUGAUCGCGAUGGCGGAGGCGACCGUCAGCCGCGCCUUGUGCAUGACGAUGACGACCCGGGGGACAUUUUUCACUUCCCGCAAGAGUAUAAACGCAACCGCAAUCGCAAACAGGAGCAGCACGAUGAUCCGUCGUCGUUGCCGGAAGGCAACGGAGAGCAACUAUCACUGUUUACGAAGAAGGGCUAUCUUCGUAACCGUGAGAAUGGCAUACUUCGACGUGGUGCUGCCGGUGGCCGUGUAGGUGAGCUAGGUGGCGGCUCCGAUUGUGCUCCGAUAGGCAAGGAAAAACGCCCCACGCCUGUACUGCAACCGAAACCGGUGGAGAAGAAGAAGGACCUUCGGUACAAAAUGGGCAGACUUUAUCUGCGUCAUUGUGUGGGAACUCGUGAAUCGGAGUUGCAGGUCAACAAGCGAACCGUUAGGUUCUCGCCGUAUUUGGUGCUGGAUGCAAAGUGCUUGUCGGAGUACACCUCGAUCGUGAAGAACUUGGUGAAAACGGGAACGUUUAUAGUGCUCAUACCCAGCAUUGUGUUGAGCGAACUGGAUGAGACGAAAAAAGACAACGACGGUGCUCGUAAUGCCAUCAAAUGGUUGGAAACUGAAUUUGGUGCGGGCAAUCGGUUCUUACGUACACAAACUGCCAACGAAUCACAACCGAUGCCACUGGUUAAGAUUCCGAAAAAGUUGGAUCGUGAAGGGGUCAUUUUUCAACACAUCGUUCAAUUUUGCAAUCACUUCGUGUCGAACCACCCAGAUAAGGAUAAAAACAGCAGCAUCAUAACGUACCUUUCGGGAGAUAACCUGAGCAACAAGAAGUUCGGCAACGGUUCCAGCUACGUCGGCAUACUGGAAGCCAUACCGGUGAAAUUCGAGCAGAUUGUCACGUUUUACUCCAGCUACAAAAGGAAAUGAACAUAAGCGUUGGUAAUCAAUGUGGUUUUUGAGCCUGUGCAACUUCAACAACAGUAAAACAUACGAGCAAAAGCCGAAGGGACAAAGAACUAUCGCCAACCCUGCAAGAAAGAGUCAACAUUUUGGGAGGCACGCAGAGCACGGACACGGGCAGCCCGGCUCUCUUCCACCCAGUGGGGCAAUCGUGGAACUUAUCGAAUACUGCGGCCCGCAGGGUCCAUUUGUGGGGGGUAGAGUGUGCUGCCUGCUCUCAGACAGUCCUCAUCAGAAAUUUCAAGUGUGCGUUUUUGUGCGAUAUUUGCCCAGAAAGGCGUAAAAGAUGUCGAUCAAAGCACUCGUGGGUUUCGGUGAAAGGAAGAGACACAUUUCGAAGAGGUACGGAAAGAGAAGAUACAAGCGAGAAAGGGAGAACAAUAGAAUGAGUAAGAGAGAGGGAGACAAGUAUAGGAUAAAAAAGGGAAUUUCGGAAGAGAACUCUUAAGCAAAAACAUACAAAAAUGCCCCCGAAAAGUUGCCGCAGAAACGAAAUCGUGUUUGUGCCGAACACCUGUCCCGGUGAUCGCGCAGCUUGAAUUGAACGUGCUCAAAUCGAUGAAACUAUCGCCGGAUGAAAACAAGACCCCACUGGAGCCAUCCGCUGCCUUCCAUCUUUCCAUCAAAUCGGGGCUACAGUACCGAGGAACGGGUGCUUACCACUUGUUCCCGCAGUACAGCAGCAUUAAGUGUAUGGCGCACGUUACACAUUAGGUUUUAGUUCAUUCUGCAGCGUUUUUUCAUUAUCAAAAACAAUACUAAAAUCUACUUUUAACAGAGACAUCUAAAAGAAGGUGUAAACCUUCCGUUGAAGAAAUUGUGCUACUUCUGAAACAUACUUGUUUGCAACACUAACAUGCGCCAUUCACACUGAUUUGAUUAAAGCAGAGUAAAUGUGGUCUGAAAGGAAGCAAUGGAGGCGGAUGGGAUGGUUCCCGGUGCUUCCGGUGUGAAUGGUUUCGAUCGUUGUUCUGCUGUACGAAGCAAACAGAAAAGUGUCAGAAAACGGAUAACAGCUUAGAGAAGAUCUUCAAUGAGCUAUACUACUAAUUAAGUCAUUUUAUUUUUCUUAUUCUUCUUUGUCUGUUUCCACAAACACACAUCCCCCGCCAGUUUCAUUUUAUUACCCCUCAUUCAUUCAUCAUUCGGUUCAUUUGGUUCCAUUCGUGCGCUAUAUUAUCUUCAUUGUGUAGUCCUUAUCACUGGAUUAGCACUUUACAGUCUUAUUUCUUUUUCUCUUGUGUAGCGUAACUUGCUGCAGCAACGGCUGCGUUUUUCAAGAUUUUUCGUAAUUAAUAUGAAACAGUAAGGGAAGUGCGGCAGUGAUCGGUGUCGCGUGAGCGUCGCACCGUUAUAACUAUUUUAAGAUCGUCGAGCUGGGAGUAGAGAAACACACCAUCAUUGGCAUUGAAUAACAAAACCGACAAUUCGUUUUUAAAUUUACAUCUUGAAAUAUUCCUCAAUCACAGUAAAAACACGAUCAGUGUAAAACACGACAGCAAACAUUCUGGUCAAAAUAUUCUCACAGCUCAGUGUGAAUCGCUUUUCACCUCUCUCCGUUUGGUUACGGUGAAGCCAAAACGUUGUAGUGCGGCGCUUUUCGGUCACCUAUGCGUGUGAGCCUUACAUCUUUUCUUUCUUCAAUAGCCGUUAGAACGUAUGAUUUACUCUCUGCUACUGUCUUCGGUAUUUCUUUGUAGAACUUGCGUUAAUCAUUUAAAAAUAAAAAUGCAAACUUGGUGGAA